AUGGAUUUACCAGAACGGAUUGACGAAACAGCUUUCGUGGAAGCUGUUGAAGGGAGAUCUAGCUUGCUGUUUCCAGAUGAGAAGCAGCAGGCAAGAUUUGAGUUAGGCGUCUCGAUGAUGAUUUACAAAUGGAACGCCUUGGACGUCGCUGUGGUGAAUCAAUGGGGUGGUCCUGAAUCUGCAGAGAAAAGAGACUGGGUGACAAGCAUUAUCGUUGAUCUUUUCAAGACGGAAAAGAUCGUGGACGUGGAAUUAAUAGAGGAGACAUUAGUGUAUGCUAUGUUCGAUGAGUUUGACACAAAUGUGGAGGAUGAGUCUGCGUUACCUAUUGCUGCAGCUAUUAUUAUAAUAUACAGGGAAUGUGCCCAAGAGAAUUACUCUACUGUCGAACGUCUUUAUUUGAAUUGGAUGGAAAAUAAAGACAAGAACGAUGCCAGUAAGUUGGUCGUCGCCGAAUCUAGCGAUGAUGAGGAAGUCGAUGAGGAAGCUGGGGCUGACGAAGAUGAUGUGAAUAUGGAUGAAGAUGUCCCACAGUUGGUAAAUUCAGAACAUCAGAUUUCGGCACCUGAACCAGUGUUGGACGAAGAUGGAUUCGAAUUGGUUCAAAAGAAGGGUAAAAGAAGAUAUUAA